AUGCCAGUGAACGUAACAACGACCAUUCCAACAACAAAUAAAACAUCAGUGCCAAUUACGACGACACCAACGCGCGCAGCAGUGGAACCAGUUCUAUAUGAGGCAACAACCCUUAAAAGCGACGAAAGCGUAAACGACGAAACAACAACGACCACAUCAAACCCAUUGGAAACAAUAACAGUGCAGGCAACUGGGUCAGUGCACGCUAAUAGCGCUGCCACCACUACGACAACGCCUGUCGAUUUUCGAAAUCACACAGCUGGGGCGGCGGUGGAAGGUGCACAUGACACAGAAAGCUCAAUCGAAACGAAUGUCAUCGAUCAGCUGGACAAGACGACAGCGAAAAUAACGACGGCGAUUGAUGAGGCUAGCGCAACCGCAACAACUGUGUCGUCCAUAAAUGAGUUAUUAAUGCCAGUGAACGUAACAACGACCAUUCCAACAACAAAUACAACAUCAGUGCCAAUUACGACGACACCAACACGCGCAGCAGUGGAACCAGUUCUAUAUGAGGCAACAACCCUUAAAAGCGACGAAAGCGUAAACGACGAAACAACAACGACCACAUCAAUCCCAUUGGAAACAAUAACAGUGCAGGCAACUGGGUCAGUGGACGCUAAUAGCGCUGCCACCACUACGGCAACGCCUGUCGAUUUUCGAAAUCACACAGCUGAGGCGGCGGUGGAAGGUGCACAUGACACAGAAAGCUCAAUCGAAACGAAUGUCAUCGAUCAGCUGGACAAGACGACAGCGAAAAUAAGUGAGACAAGCGCUAAGCAGCCAACAAAUAGCACUGAAAGUAGCGUAGCGCCAGCAAUAUCGACAACUGAAGUGGCGUUCGCUAAGGAGAACGCUGGACUAAAAGGUGAGGCUGAUGCUUCGCAGACUGUGACUAUUUCCGGUACGAGUAAUGAAACAUUGUUACCCGGCAUGCAGGACGCAGACAGAACAACAACAUCCACUACAACUACUACCGACACCUCCGCCACUACAACCACCACAAUGGCUAAUAUACCCUUGAGCACGAAUAGCACACCUGUAUGGCUGGCUCCAGAGUAUAGUAAUUCUUCGACCAGCGACACAACAACCACCGAGCCGCCGCUCAUCAACCUGCUUGACGAUUCGUCGACACCAAGAACAACGACGCCAAUAGCUAUACCCAAUCAGUCGACAGCAACUACCUCCAGUAUUGGCGUCAAGCCACAAGAAGUCUACACGGUAUUCUCCACCACCGAGGGCACCACCACCACCGUCAGCACCAGCACUGCCGCCAUUGCUCCUUUAGUGCCAAUGUUAAGCUCGACCACCGCGGCUGAUGCGUCUUUGGAAACUUCUACAUCCACAUACAUGCCCGCAGUUGUCACCAGUACGAUUGCCACGGCAACAACAACAACAACAAUUCUUCCUCCCACGCUGCAUGCCGCUAUCGGCGAAGGUGCUAGCAUCGGCGGCGGAGGCGGUGCGCCUACUCAUCUGCCUGACAUGAUCAAUGCCGGCAUGCGUCCGAAUCCCAGCGAUGCCAACGAGACAGACGUCAAUGUCAUCAUCGCCAUUACGGUUAGCAUUAUUGGUGUGGUGGCGCUCAUAUUGCUCGUCGCUUUCCUCUAUCUAAUGCGCAAGCGUCAGAAACAGAUGUCCUAUGGUCAACGUUGCCGGCCGGUGAGUUUGGAUGCCUACAGUUUGGAUAAUGUCUCUGUGUUGGGUAGUGUGCGGCGGAAAGGUGCUUCACGCGCUUCAAAACGCUCCUACGGCAAUAUUGCCUUCGAUGAUCCAUCGUUGCGGCACAAUGCGCUCACCGCCGCUGAGCUGGCCAAAUUUGUAGAGCGUCGGUCGAGUAUUUUCGAGGAAUUCAGGGAUGUGCCGCAAAUUAUUGCGCGUGCAGAUGAAGUACCGCCAGGCUGUGAAGAUAAGAAUCGAUAUGCCAAUGUAAUACCGCUUCCUGAGACGCGUGUCGUACUACAGCAGCUUGGAGACGACGAUAAAACGGAAUAUAUCAAUGCCAAUUAUGUCAGGGUAAGUACGAAAAUAAUAACAAUAAAGUGCAUACAUAUGUAUAUGUACAUACACACAUAUAUGUGUAAAUAUGUAAUAUACAUAGAAAGGCCCUAUCUAACAUUUUUGUUUUAUUUUUUAUUCGGUAAAUAGUUAUAAACUUUA